AUGGUUGUGGUGGCUAACAUCUCUUUUGACAACAACCUCCUGACUUAUGAGAAUGAAGUGCUGUUCACAUCUUACCGGCUGAGAGUUGCCUGUCACUAUCUGGUCAAUGACACCAAGGUAGUACAGUUCUUGUACCAGAAUAACCCUGCACCUGGAGUCCAGCCUGGCUUGGGGGACCUUGCGGUCAUCAUGCGGCUUGCAUUGGAUUCAACCUACAAUGACCUCUAUGGAGCGGAAGAUUACCCUGUUGUGAAGUACUUACGAAGACCCUUGUAUUUUGAGGUAGAACUCCUGUACAGCAGGGAUCCACAGGCUGAAUUGUUUUUGAAGAACUGCUGGUCAACCUAUUCUGCUGACAGGACUAGCUCUCCAAAGUGGGAUGUUGUUGUGGACAGCUGUGAGAACUCUGCAGAUGAGUACUUGACCAUCUUUCACCCAGUCUCCAGCAAUGCAAGAGUGCUGUUCCCUUCCCAUCUGAAGAGGUUUGAAGUGAAUGUUUUCCUUCAAUGCCAGGAUGCACUGAAAGGACAGAUUUACUUCCACUGUGGUGUUGUGAUAUGUGAUUCAAACCGGCCAUCAGACAGCCUCUGUAGCAGACGGUGCAUUCCAGGAAAACAGAGACUUG